AUGGACCAGUUACUAGCCGCCACUCUCUGGAAACGACAUGGUGCCGAGGAGGAUGCCGCCUUUGUGGCUUGCAACAACAGCAAUGACUACAACGGUCAGCUUAACCUGCGUAUUGUCGCCAUCUUCGUCAUGCUUGUCGGCUCUUCAGCUGGCGCUAUCCUACCCGUCUUUGCUAGGCGGGACCCUAACUCACCCUCGAAACACAAGCUUCCUUCGUGGGUGUUCUUCGUUGCCAAGUUCUUCGGCUCAGGUGUCAUCACUGCUACGUCCUUCAUCCACCUGAUGGCUCCUGCACAUAAAGCGCUCUCCCAUCCUUGCUUAACGGGGCCUAUCAAAGAAUACCCCUGGGUCGAAGGCAUCAUGCUUAUGACCAUCAUUAUUCUCUUCUUCGUUGAGCUGAUGGUCAUCAGGUAUGCACGUUUCGGCCAUGACCAUGACCAUGACCACCCGAAACCGGAAUCCCAGGUUGAAACAGGCGUUAUCACUGCCGAGCCCAAGUCAGACGGCCAUGACCACGAUCAUCUUGGACACACCCAGGAUCACCCAUCGGACGGUGGCUCCGACGUUGUCGAGGCCUCUCAUCUCGCCUUACUAGAGGAUUAUAGCGCACAGCUAACUUCCGUCUUUAUCCUGGAAUUCGGCAUCAUCUUCCACUCAAUCUUCAUAGGACUCACCCUCGCAGUUGCCGGUAAAGAGUUCAAGACACUAUUCAUUGUGCUUUCGUUCCAUCAAACUUUCGAGGGUCUCGGCCUUGGUUCCCGUCUCGCCACUAUCCCGUGGCCGAACUCAAAGAGACACACCCCUUACAUCCUGGCGAUCGCGUUUGGCCUAUCAACGUCUAUCGCCAUCGCCAUUGGCUUGGGUGUGCGCAAUGCUUACCCUCCAGAGGGCCGCACGACGCUCAUUGUCAAUGGUAUCUUUGACUCUAUCUCGGCCGGCAUCCUUGUGUACACGUCACUGGUCGAGCUGAUGGCCCACGAAUUCAUGUUUAGCACAUCCAUGAGACGCGCACCCAUCCGAACCGUCCUCUCUGCCUUUGGCCUAUUGUGUCUUGGAGCUUUGUUGAUGGCGCUGCUCGGUAAAUGGGCCUAG